GUUAAUAUAAUUUCAGAAUCACGUAAUUUAGAAUCCACGAACUGAAAUAAAACAGAUGUCGCUCUUUACCCACACAGCUGUGCUAACAUGCAGCUUGGUCCGAUAACAGUUCUGCUCUUACUCAACCGAGGAGCUCUUGUCAUAAUGUGUGGUUGAUAAAUUUUCAAGCUCAAUGCAUUCGAAGGCAAUGUUACAUGAUAUUAAAAGCUAUGCUUUCUCUUCACUUGCACACUGCUCUUCAUGAUAUCGCUUAAAAGUAGACGAAAAGAAUUUUUAAAAACAUUUGAAGUUUUAUCAUUAGUGUUUGAUAUUAAAAUAAAAAUUACGAUAAAGUGACAAUUAUUUGUUAAUUAUACGUCAUUACUUAAACGACAUAUGAUUAACUUAUUUUAAACACAUUGUUCUGCCGUAAUAGUGAAUAUAUCCGCUACUGAAUUGAAUGAAAAAUGGCCGCAAACGUAAGAACAGAAAUGCGAAUUCCUACACGAUCAGCUCCUCGUCCACCUGUUAAUUCAACGACACAAAGAGCUGCUCUUUGGAAUAGCUCAAAUGACAUUUUUCGAUCUACUUUAACACAACAACCAGUUCAGAAAAAGAAGCCGCCACCUCGACCACCACCACCAAAAUUUAAUCAAAAUUAUUUACAAAAUCAAAAGGACAGACUAAAAAAGCCACCGGCAAAACCAACGGAACUAUUAACCAGCCUUUUUGGUAAAAAGAGAAAUGAUCAUCAUCCAAGCACAACACAAUUUAAUAACCAAGUACAGAAUACAUUACUGCAAUCAGAAAAUAUAAAUGGGUCAGUCUCUUUGAUAAACCUGAGUCCACCCGAAUCUCCAACUUUCACAACUCGUUCGAGUAGUGAUGGUGUUAGUGUAGAUAGUUUUGGCAGCGAUGGUAAUUCGAAUCCUUCUGUAUUUACAAGUAGUGGAAAUACAUCUCAAACAGAAAGUGCCUUUGAAGAUGAUUUUGACUUUUUUGGAAUGUCUGCUAAAAAAGUAUCACAAAAUGAUCCUUGGCAGGUUAAUUCAGUGUCAGACCCUUUUGGGCCAUUAGAAGUUACUAAUCAUAAUGCAUUGCAGCCUGUGAAACAUGUGGGAGAUGCGUCUUUCUUUGUUUUUAACACAAUUACACCAAAUAAUUACAACCAAGUGCCUUCCAAUCAGGCUUGUUCAAAACCUGCUCAAUCAAUGCCAACUAUUAUUCGUGCAAAACCACUCAAACCAGCUGCACCAAAAAUUUCACAAAAAAGCAUAGAACAAAAAGUAAAUCAAGUUGAUAUAGGACUACAUUCAUUAAGCAAUGAAACAGUGUCUUUUAAGCCAGUGAUGUUAGACUUAAUGCAUUCAUGGCCAUCUGAUACUAAAGAUAGCCCUUCACCCCCAAUGCCCACCAUACCACCACCAGCACCACCAUUAGAAUAUUUAACAGAAGAAAAAUCUGAUCAUUUAGUUAAUAUUAAAGAACCAUAUGGAAUUGCACUGUAUGAUUUCCCAGUAACGCAUGCAGAUGAUUUACCUCUUAAAGAAGGAGAUAUAGUAUACUUAAUAAAAAAGAUUAAUGAUGACUGGAUGGAGGGAAGAGUGGGGAAUCAACAAGGGAUAUUUCCAAUUAAUUUUAUUAAUAUCAAAGUACAAUUGCCUAGCAUACUAGACAAUAUAGUUACUGCUAUUUAUUCCUUUAAAGGUGAAACGCCAGAAGAUUUAACAUUUGAUGAAGGUGCAAAAAUUACUGUUUUAUCAAGGUUAUCACAAGAUUGGUUUUAUGGUGAGUGUGAAGGUCAGAAAGGGCAAUUUCCAAUAAAUUAUGUAAACAAAAUCCCAUGUAAUAUUCCAUUAUCACAUUAGUUGUUACAUUGUACUAACAUUUUGGUAUUUUCUCUAUGACAAAUUUAAUUCUCAUUCUUUAUAUCGGAUAAAUAUUUUUCCAAUAAUUUUUUCUUAAAGAAAAAAGAUGAAAGAUUAAUGUUCAUUGUUCAAAGUGUACUUUUUUAGACAUAUUGAACGGAUAAAGAUUUAUCUUAUAAAGUUCUAUUCAUAAAAAGACUGAAUUAUAUACACUUAUAUAUUGUCUUGCAAAUUUUACAAGAAAGAUAUUUUUUAUUAGUUCUUAUAUCAGAUUUUUAAAUGUAAAAGAGUUAUUUUUGACAUUAUAAGAUUAAAGGGCACAACAAAAAUAACUUUCCACUAUUCUCACAAAAUACUAUAUAAAAUGCUAUUUCUAAAGUAUCAUAAUGAUAAAUAAUCAAUCAUUAAAAUUAAUCUCUAUUCAAAUAAUGUGUAUUAUCACUUUAACAUAUGAACAUAUUCUGAAAUAUAUGGAAAAAUGCAGAUAUAAAGCUUUGUAAUAAUUUUUCAAUUAUAAAUACAAUUUUAUAUAUUUAAUAUAAUUAUGCACAAAAUUAAAAUUAUCUUAAUACAAGCGUUAGUGCCUAUCAAAGAAUAUUUACCUUACAUUGUAGAUAUUAUUUGAAUUGUAUCUUUCCUUUAAAGUUAAUACAUAUUGUUGCAUAUUGAUGAUGACAUAAUAUUAAAAUUUUAUGCAACAUGGUGAUAAUGCUCGCCACUGUCAUUAUAUCAAUAGAGUGAAAAACCUUUAACCAGGUGAUGUGUGCAUAAAUCUAAUAUAUACCAUAUUUUGAAUUUAAAUAUGGACACCCAUAAUAACACAAGUCAAUUCCUAUUUUAUGCACAAAAGUAUUAAUUUUAUUUUGUUUAAUGUAUCUCUUUAAUCUUUUUUCUUACAAAAAUGCAACACCUGCCAAGGAUUAAUAUCUUAAGUCCAACUCCAUUUUAACAACUGAUAAAUCAUUCAUUUCUAUAAAUGGCCCAGUAUUAUCAUUAGUCACAUAAAUGCCAAAAAUCUAAAUCAUUAUUUUUCUGAUUAUUCUCUUAUACUAUGUGUCAUUAUAAUGAAUUCUUCCUUUAGGUAUAACAGCGUAUCAGUACAUGAUCAGAUCUAACUUGUUAGAAAAGAUUAUUUAUUUUACAACCUAUUUGUCAGUUUCAUGGUAUACAAAUUCCUCAAAAUUUUUGACUUUUCGAUCUUGGUAAAAGUGCCAGAAGAUCAUAAUGUUGCUACAUUCUAGUAAACAAUAGAGGAAAACUGUAAUCACUUUGGCUCAUCAAAUUGGCCAUACUGUUCUGUACAUUGAGUAUAUUUUAGCCUAACUAUAACAAAUGCUGAACAUCCAUCAGAAUAGAAACUUCCAUGAAAAAAACCUUCAAUUAUAUUAGUAUGGUUAAUUUUCCAUAUAUUAUCGUCGAUUGUGUUUCAAGACAAUUUUUUUGUUAUUUGGAGUGUGAUUUUUCUUUUAAAUAGCACUUUACCUAUUAUUAGAAAUUACUACGCAGCUUCAACUUCUGGUAAACUCUUGAAAUGAAAAUGUUGUUGAUUGACAAAUUGUUGUUGAAACAUUCUAUGCAUUCAUAUAAUUUUUUCCUUUUUAUCGAGGCAUCUUAUUUGAUAUUUACUUACAUAUCUGUGAGCAUACUUUCUUAUUCUUUUAGAAAUUCAUGAAGCAUAUUCCGCCUUUCAUUUAUUUUAAUAUAUGUCUCCUCUAUGCAUUAUUGCCCAAUAGUAUAUACCACUUUCUAACAGAAAAACUGUAAUCAUACCACAUGCUUUACAGUGAUUUAUCCUGAAUUUCACAGUUUUAAUCAUACAAAUCAAUGAUUCCGAUUGAAUCUCCCGUUUAUCCGAAUGCGGGUGUUGCGAUAUAAAAAAGCUGUCAGUCUUUUACCAAAUAUGAAUAUUAUUUGCCAUUGAUGAUCAUCUAAAUCAUCUGUUUCUUAUUAUAUUUACACAAAAAGUCAAAUUUUGGAUCUAAGGUGCUGAUAUUUGGCUACUUAGAAGACCAGCUGUUAUAACUAUCUACUUUGUGCAUCAAUAUUACCUUAUGUUUUAUAAUCUUUGGUCACUUCCUUUUUGAGACAAUAUGUUUUCUUAUUUGUGUUUUUAAUCAUCCACAAACUUGAUUUCAUAUUUAUAGUAAUAAUUUUUUAUACACCUGACCCUCGAUUUACAUGAAAAUAUUGAAAAGAAAAGCUGGUAUAAGUUUUAAAAAUACAUAUUUAUACCAUAUAAUAAAAAAAUAAUAAUGACAUUUUAGAAAACAAAAGUACAUUUUAUUCAUUCGGUGUUACUAAAUUCAGAUCGCGCAUAAAAAUUUCCGCGUAAAUCGAGGAUCAGAUGUAUUUUAGUUAAAACAAUCAACUUAAUGAGUGGAUAAAAUCCAGCUAGCAUAAAAUAUUUGAUUGUCAAAUAUUUGUAGAAAAGCAAUUCAAAUUUUAUAUAUUACUGUGGGCAACACACAUAAAUCAGUUGUAUUUUUGCAUAUGUACAUAUAUUAUUGUUGUUUGUGUAAUAAACAUUAAGAUCAAAUUUCUGAAUAUAUAAAAAA